GAGAGAGAGCACCUCUGCCGCUCUCCUUGCCUCCUCUCCUGUGCGCAGUGCUCCGGCCCGACCGCUCCUACCUUCCCUCCUCCUUUCCUCCCCACAGCUGGUUCUUUUUCCACUCUCCCUCUCUUUCUGAUGCUGCCUCUGCUUCGCUCACGCCACCGAGCCGGAGGAAACCCUUGGCAGGGCUGGAAUGACUGACUACCUGUUUUGCAUGGUCUGAAUUUCGGAGGGGGAUUCUUCGCGUCGGAAAGGAGGAGAGUCGAGAAGGAAGAAGGGAGGCUCUCCAUCCCCCGGGGGAUUUUAUCUUACAGAGGAAUGCCAGUGCCUGAGGUGGCGUCUGACAGUGCCAGCGCUGCCGCCAUGUUGAGCCCCGUCCUCAAUGCCUCCAACGGAGACGGCUCGGAGUCUGAAACCACCUCCGCCAUCCUCGCCUCCGUCAAGGAACAGGAGCUGCAGUUCGAACGCCUGACCAGGGAGCUGGAAGCCGAACGACAGAUUGUUGCCAGUCAGCUGGAGAGAUGCAAGCUCGGCUCUGAGACUGGAAGCAUGACUAGCAUCAGCUCAGCAGACGAGAAGUUUCGCUGGAACAACCAAGACGGACAGAAGGACAUAGAGGAGGAGCUGACGACUGGCUUGGAGCUUGUGGACUCGUGCAUUAGAUCACUUCAAGAGUCAGGCAUCUUGGACUCGCAGGACGCUUCUACAGGAGACAGUAAGAUGAAUGGACAAGGACUGCUCUCUCAAAGCGCUUUGCAGCUCAAUAGCCAGGAUGCCUAUGCAGCCGCCGGUUACCAUAGCAACCAAGGGCUGACACUUGGGGAAACGGUGGCAGCCCGCGGCGGACAGGUCGGAGGAGCCGUUCACAGCUACAACCAGGUGACAUCCAGCCGUGCAGCCGUCCAGCUGGUGGGCACAGACUCUCCGUCGCAGUCCCAGAGAGACUCGUUCGCCCAGCAGGUCCUCGGCAGCGCCUUACACAUGUCCACCGAGGGCGGACCUGCGCCCGCCGGGCCGUCCAUGUAUUACUCCUGUGCCACUUUGCCUGCUCAGCGUGUCAGCUCCCCCCUGCAGGUGGUGGGCUCCCCCACCAAGCUGCAGCGGCUGGGUUCAGCCUCCGCCGACAUGCCCAGCUACGCCACGCUGCAGAGAGUGUCUUCUCCCAAACAGUCGCCGAGUCGACUCGCAAAAUCCUACAGCACUUCAUCGCCCAUCAAUAUGGUCGCAUCGGGUGCCGCCGGCUCCUCCUCCCCGCUCCCCAUGGCCACCUCCCCCGGUGGAAACCACACCUCAUCGCCCAUCCACCAGCUCAGCUCCGCCGUGGGAAGCUACGCCACGCUGUCACCCACCAAGCGCAUGCUGCAUCACAUCGGAGCGGACAGCUACAAGAUUUCUCACGAGCUUUACGCCAACGCAACCCUGCAAAGGCCUGGGAGCCUGGCAGGUAGAGGCUCCAGGGGCUCCUACAGCAGCCAGCACAGUCACCUGGGCUCUGAACUGCGGCCCCUUCAGUCUCCUGAGCACCACAUCGAUCCUAUCUACGAGGACAGAGUCUACACCAAACCCAACCUGAGAGGACAAGUGGUGAACCAGCUGUACCAAGAUGUCCUCAACUAUCUGUUUUAUCCUUACGCUCCUCUUCCAACUCUAGCCCCAUCCUCCCCUGGUGUUGACCCAAUCCCCUUGCAGCGAACGGGAAGCCAGAGCGCCGCCGGCACCUUCCAGAGAGGCAGCUUCGCCACAGGAGGCGGGGCGGCCGACUACGCCAAUCCGUACCGCACUCUGCAGUUCUGUCCAUCCACCGAGUCCCCUUACAGCAAGUCGGGCCCGGCCCUCCCCCCUGAAGCUGCUCUGGGCAGGUCUCCAUCUGUGGACAGCAUCCAAAAGGAUCCGAGGUACGACCCUGAAUUCCUUGUGUGGAAUCAAAAUCAAGCCGAGCAAAGAAUGACAAAGGAGUUUGGCUGGAGGGAUCCGGAGCUGCCAGAGGUGAUCCAGAUGUUGCAGCAUCAGUUUCCAUCAGUCCAGUCUAAUGCAGCAGCCUACCUUCAGCACCUCUGCUUUGGAGACAACAAGAUCAAAUCUGAGAUUCGUCGACAGGGUGGAAUCCAGCUGCUGGUUGACCUGUUGGACCACCGGAUGACAGAUGUUCACCGCAGUGCCUGCGGAGCGCUGAGGAACCUGGUGUACGGCAAGGCCAAUGACGACAACAAGAUCGCCCUGAAGAACUGUGGAGGCAUACCCGCUCUGGUCCGACUGCUGCGGAAGACCACCGACCUGGAGAUCCGAGAGCUGCUCACAGGGGUUUUGUGGAACCUGUCGUCAUGCGACGCCCUGAAGAUGCCCAUCAUCCAGGAUGCUCUGGCGGUGCUGACUAACGCCGUGAUCAUCCCACACUCAGGCUGGGACACGUCUCCCCACACCCAGGAGGACCGCAAGCUUCACCUGCACUCCUCCCAGGUCCUCCGCAACGCCACAGGCUGCCUCCGGAACGUGAGCUCUGCCGGGGAGGAGGCGCGGAGGAGGAUGAGGGAGUGUGAGGGCCUUACGGAUGCCCUGCUGUACGUCAUCCAGACCGCUCUGGGGAGCAGUGAGAUAGACAGCAAGACCGUGGAGAACUGCGUGUGCAUCCUGAGGAACUUGUCGUACCGUCUGGCCGCAGAGACGUCGCACAGCCAGCAGGGCGGCUCGGAGGAGCUGGACGGCUUGUUGUGCGACACCGGUGGCAAGGAUGCGGAGAGUUCUGGGUGUUGGGGGAAGAAGAAGAAGAAAAAGAAGGGACAUGACCAGUGGGACGGCGUCGGCCCCUUCCCAGACUUGGCUGAGCCUCCGAAAGGCAUCCAGAUGUUGUGGCACCCCACCAUCGUCAAGCCCUACCUCACCCUGCUGUCUGAGUGCUCCAACCCAGACACCCUGGAGGGAGCAGCUGGGGCUCUGCAGAACCUAGCCGCCGGCAGCUGGAAGUGGUCCGUCUACAUCCGAGCUGCAGUGCGCAAGGAGAAAGGCCUACCUAUCCUGGUGGAGUUGCUGAGGAUAGACAACGACCGGGUGGUCUGCGCCGUGGCCACUGCCUUGAGGAACAUGGCUCUGGACAUACGAAACAAGGAACUUAUCGGCAAAUACGCCAUGAGGGACUUGGUGCAUCGUUUACCUGGAGGCAGCAACAACAACAACACCAGCAGCGGAGGAGGAAGCACCAACAGCAGCGUCCUGGCGGGGAAGACCAUGUCCGACGACACCAUCACUGCCAUCUGCUGUGCGCUGCACGAGGUCAUCACAAAGAACAUGGAGAACACCAAAGCCCUGAGGGACGCCGGCGGCAUCGAAAAGCUCAUCGGUAUUGCCCGCAGCAAGGGAGACAAAAUUCCCAGACAUAGUCCCAAAGUGGUGAAAGCAGCAUCGCAAGUCCUCAGCAGCAUGUGGCAGUACAGAGACCUCCGCAGUCUUUACAAAAAGGACGGCUACUCGCAGUACCAUUUUGUGGGCUCCUCCUCCACAAUAGAGCGAGACAGACAGCGACCUUAUUCCUCCUCUCGCACUCCUUCCAUCUCUCCGGUGCGGACAUCCCCGAACAAUCGAUCAGCGAGUGCUCCCGCAUCCCCCAGAGAGAUGAUGGCGUUGAAGGAGAGGAAGGCAGACUACGAGUCGACUGGCAAUGCCAGUUUCCAUGGGAACAAGGGCGAGCACACAUCCCGGAAGGACGCCAUGACGGGUCAGAUCUCGGGUGGAUCUUCAACACUGCACAGAGGAGCCUAUGUGUCUCCCACUGACGAUUUAAAGUAUAAUCAGGUCUCUUCUCAAGGCUUACCGUCGGAGCCCUACCCCCCCUUCCAGAACCCCCCUCCGCCUGACAACGGCAACUACGAGGAUCAGGCCUUCUAUGACAGCCAGGUUCACGCCGGAGGUCGCCCCCCGCAGGGUGAACUCAACAUGCACCUACAGGGACUAAAGUCCACCGGCAACUAUGUAGACUUCUACUCAGCCUCCCGACCCUACAGCGAGCUCAACUACGAGACCAGCCACUAUCCAGCCUCACCAGACUCUUGGGUCUGAAGGGACACAAUGAUGGAGCAGGAGGAGGAGGAGGAGGACAGGAUGAAUAAUGGGGAUGGCUAAAGUUUGGAGUUAGAGCUGAGCGGACAGUCUGCCUCCCUCCUCAUCCUCUCCCCUGUAGUUUCUGAGUAGCAUUAUAGAUAGCAGGACGAAGGAGGAGGAUGGAGUAAUAGGACGGAGACAUUGGGACUGGACGCUCCUUUCCAGAGACGUCUGAGGAAGGCACGAGAGAGGGGGCGAACGGGAGCAGCUGCCACGCAUGUGCAUGCACACCAACAACCAAUCGGACACAUCUUUGUUUAUGUGUUGAGUUUCUGAUCAACAAGCGUUUUAAAGAGUGCUCAGCUUGGCAGACCGACCUCGGACCCCUGAAGGAGACGGAUAUGGAGAGAGAGUCGGAAUGUAUGGAGGAAAGGUUUGCCGAUUGCUUUUGGGACAAAGGAUGGACGGACCCCAGGACUUUGAGGUGAAGGGAGACAAAGUGAAGGUGGUUGCCUGUAAAUAUGUGCUAUAGCAACAUGGCUUGUAGUAACGUGAAGCACAAGAGGCAGAGCUGUAGGACAUUUAGUACAUCACUUAUACUUUAGCUUGGGCUUCAGCAAAGUGUCUCCUCCGGGGCCGAAGGAUGGAACCUUUUAGUCUUUUUUUUUUUUCUGUUUCUCUUUGUUUCGAUGUCUUUCUACUUUUUUAAUUCCCGGUGUAUAGUAUUUGAUGUCCCACCGUACGUCGACGGAGAUGCAUUGUGUACUGUACGUUGCACUAGUGUGGUAUGUUUGGGCCGUUUUAUUUUAUUUUCUUUUGGCCACCGGGUCAGCCUCACCUUCACACGAAAUAGCUGCACUUAAAUCUGUCACCACGGACGUCUGUUUGUCACUGAGGUGAAACACUGGAGAUGAACUGCUGGGUCACGGCGCUCCCUUCACUGCCCCGCCGUCAGCAGACGGUACAGCUGCCGGGAAACUGGUGAAGAGGGACUGACGCGACACACCUUCUCUGCUCGCUUUACUUUUCUAGGCUAGCUUUUGCGUUUCUACGUCGUAAAUCCCCUCUCUGUUGUCCAGGGGGGAAGCCCUUACUCCAAGCGACCUGUCACUCGUUGUGUAUAUAACCGUGCCAAACAAGUGUGUGGGGGAGGGGGGAGGGGCAUCAAGGAGUGCGUCAAAGGGUCCAAGUCGAGCUGAGCUACCUCUCAGUUCAGACGACGCCAGUUUGUACAUGCUUUGGUUUUUCUAAACUGUGUUUUACCUGAGAUGAAAACUGUCUAACCUUGCACCAAGAAGAAGAAGAAGAAGAAGAAGAAGUCAUGAGAAAUCCCACUUAGGGACAGUGUGACCUGGCAGAGCUUCGUCGGCUCCGAUGUUGUACAAAAUUAGUUGAUUUAUGUGUUGUAAAAUAAUCAAUGUUUGAAGUACAAAAAAAAAAAAAAUAGAAAAAAGAAAGAAAAACUUUUCUGAGAGAUGGGUGGCAGUUCUAACUUCAUGGUAGACAAAUCUGUUAAUAGAGUACGGAUAUAUAUUAUAUAAAUGCAAAUAUAUACUUUUUAUGUGCAGAUGUGGAUGUCACUUAUAGCAGCAACAUUAAUGAGAAAAGACAUGUACAAAACAAACAAAAAAAACUAAAAACAAAAA